UACAUUGCUCCGAAUCAAGAUCAAUGGCCCCGGCAGCGCCGCAGACUCCGACACCGGAAACCACCCCGUUGGGCCACCAACUCUUCACGCGGAUCCGCCUGGCCACCCCAUCCGAUAUUCCCCACAUCCACAAACUCAUCCACCAAAUGGCCGUCUUCGAACGUCUGACCCACCUCUUCUCCGCCACCGAGUCCUCCCUGUCUGCCACCCUCUUCUCCCCCACCGUCCAACCCUUCCACUCCUUCACCAUCUUGCUUCUAGAAGCUUCGCCCACCCUCUUCCCUGUUUCAACCUUUGAUUCCAACCCUUUCUUCAAACCCCUGACUGAAGUCGUGAAUCUGAGGCUCCCCUUUGAGGACCCCGAGCGCGACACGUUCAAGAGCAUGGAUGACGUUACUGUUGUAGGUUAUGUGAUGUUUUUUCCAAAUUAUUCAACUUUUCUGGGAAAACCAGGGUUUUACGUGGAGAACUUGUACGUGAGGGAGUGUUACAGGAGAAUGGGGUUUGGGAAAAUGUUGUUUAGUGCAGUGGCAAAGGAAGCAGUAAAAAUGAAGUACGGAAGGGUAGACUGGGUUGUGCUUGAUUGGAAUGUUGAUGCCCUUAGGUUUUACGAAGACAUGGGUGCUGAGAUUGUGGAGGAAUACAAGUUUUUCAGAUUGACUGGGAAGGCUCUUCAAGCUUCUGGACACGCUCACUGAAAACUGUUCCUCAAUUUCUCAUUCCAAAAGUUGCUCAAAUGCUAUCACUUUCACGU